AUGGCGUCAGUCACGAAGCUCGACUUUUCCCAAUUCACCCACGGCAAUGCCGAGGAUAGAAGGAAAUUUGGAGAAGAGCUAGUCAAGGCUCUCAACAAGUCUGGUUUUGUCAAAUUGUCUAACCAUGGACUGUCCGAUGAGGAAGUUGAGGAUGUUAUGCAAAUAUCACGCGACUUCUUUCACCUGCCACAGUCCAAGAAGAAAGAAAUAGCUUGCCCCCCUGGACCGAAUCCUCAACGCGGGUGGAGCGGUCCUGGAUCCGGCGACUAUGUUGCCAAGACGAGAAAAGAAAACUACGAGGGUCUGGAUGUGAACAAACUUGUAGACGCGAGGGAACAUUUCGACGCGGGACCAGAGGAUGAUUCCCAAUUCCCUAACAGAUGGCCGGCCGACAAAGAUGUGCCAGGUUUUCGGGAAAAGGUCACCAGGCACUACAACAUAUGCAGACGAGUUGCGCUUCAGAUUUUGGAAGCCAUUGAAAUCGGGUUGGAAUUACCCGGCAUUUUCGUUGACAGAUGCAGCAAAGAUGCCAGCGAGAUAUGCAUCAACGUGUAUCCCGAAAUCGAAGCCGAAAAAAUCGACGACUACACCAAACGCAUUUGGCCUCAUACCGACUAUGGGGUUAUAACGCUGCUUUUCCAGGACGGGGUCGGGGGCUUGGAAUUGGAAAACCAAGACAAACCCAGGACGUUUUUGCCCGUCACGCCCACACCGCAAGGCCAACCGAUAGAGAUGGUUGUCAACGCCGCCGACUGCUUCGAGCGGUGGACCAACGGCGGCGCCAUGGUGCUCUCUACAAUCGGCAUUGCUAUUUUGUUUCCACUGCUAGUAUGGCUCUGUUACAAAGUCUUGCUGCCAAAGCUCUACCCUUCGGUCCUGCCGGGCAUGCCGCAUAAUGAAAUCCAUGCAAAGCGUCUUCUCGGGGACUUGGCGGCAAUAGAGGCCUACACCGCCAAAAACCGAUGCACGAAAAGCGAGGCCACGUUCGAGACGAUCAACCGCGGCGCUCCGAACUUCCCGGUUGCGCAAAUGCUCACGCCCAACAUCAUGCCCCACGCCAUCUUGACCGUCGACGACCCGCGAGAGGUGGAGGACAUUUUGCGCAGGCGGGCCAAGGAAUUUGACCGCUCCUCCAUGACGGCCGCGUUCUUCAAGUCUCUCCUGCCAAAAGCCAGCAUAUCCCUGUUCACGACGCCAGAACUAAAAGUCCAGAAGAAGCUCUGGGCCGACUCCAUCACGUCCGACUUUCUCAUCAACGUCGUUGCUCCGCACGCCUGCCGCACCGCGAGUCGGCUCGUUGACGUUUGGCGCCUCAAAGUGGGGCGCGAGUUUCAGGCCCAGCCGGAUCUGAUCGACGCCACGAUGGACCUGAUGUGGGCGACCGUCCUGGGCAGCGACCUGGGCGUGCUGGGUAGCAAGCUGGCGGGUACAGCCGGUACCGCGGGCGAGUCGGAUCAUCUGCCCAAGGCCGCGUCCACCUCCCGAAAGAUGUUCUUCGAUGUAACAUCUUUCCUGGAAAGCGAGAGUGUUUAUAUUCGCGCAGGGUGGGAACCGCUGCGGUCAAGGUUCAUCCGGUUGCUGCCACGAUACCACCGGAUUCGCAAAAGCAUGAAUCAGGAAAUGGCGAGGCUGAUUUCCAUGGCUCGAGUGAGGCGAGGGAACGGCGACGAUACCGCCGACGGCCGCGUUGCCUGCGCCAUGGAUCUGGUCCUCGAGCGGGAGCUGCAGCUUGCGAAGAAAGGCAAUCUGGUUGAAGCGACGAACCUUGAGCAGGAGUUGAUGCUUUUUAUGAUUGCGGGUAUCGACUCGACUGCGUUUACUCUUGCUUGGUGUGUCAAGCUGCUUUCAAAACACCAGCAGAUCCAACAGGAGCUACGCGAUGCUCUCAUGUCGGCUUUUGGUGUUGGUGCCGAUGCUCCAAGUCUUCCACCAGCCCAGGACAUAGCCAGCAAGGCUAUUCCCUAUCUCGACGCAUUCAUCCAUGAGACGCUCCGCGUGGCCAACACGGCAGGAUCAGUAGUGCGGCGCGCCACCACUGAUGCAAUCGUGCUUGGAUGCUCCGUGCCGGCCGGCACAGAGCUAGUGCUGAACACGAGAGUUCUCAAGACCCCGCUCCCCGUCGACGAAGCGCUCAGGAGCCCCACGUGCCGUGAGGCACAUGCAAAGCGCUCCCGCGGUGGUGUAGAAGGCCCGAGUGGUCGCAACCUAGACGUUUUCAACCCUCGCCGAUGGCUCUAUCCUGGGCCCGAAGGUCAGGAUCUCUUUGACCCCGAGGCCCUGCCGACUUUGGUAUUCAGCCAUGGAACCCGGGGCUGUUUUGGAAAACGCCUCGCCAUGCUGGACCUCCGAGUCUUUAUCAUCAUACUUGUUUUCGGGUUCAAAUUCAUGCCGAUCCCGGAAACCGAAGAUGACUGGUCGGCGGAAGAAGGCAUCUUCCACUCUCCCUCGCGUUCAACGGUGGUCCUCUCGACGUACAAUGUGGCUUGA